UCUCUCUCUCUCUCUCUCUCUCUCUCUCUCUCUCUCUCUCUUCUUUUGCUUAUUACUUACUUUUGGACUAAUAUAUUCUGAAACCCAUGUUAUACUUUACACCAUUUUUCUUUUUAAUUCAAGAUUUGGGAUUUGCCCAAUUGUUUAUUCUUGUGAUUUGCAGUUGGGUUUUGUGUUUUGUUAUCUCUCUGCAAUCCCUCUUCUUGGAAGGCGCUUUUUCAGCUCGAAACCUCGUCGUUUUGUAUAUCUUCUUCUGCCGGGGCUUUUACUGCUUUCUCCUUUCACACUCUUCGAGAUUCAAACACACCCACCCAUUGCUUUUUUAAAACGCAUACUAUUUUUUGCAGGUGAUUUUCGAUUUUUGGGUUCUCUGCUUUUGAGUUUCCCGCUCUAUGUUUUUGUACAAAAACACUCUCUCUUUUGGGUUUCUAUUUGUUUUGAUCCAUUGCGGCAAUUCGGCUUUCUUCUUCUUCUUUUUAUUAUUUUCAUUUUUUUUGUAGUGGGAAUAGUGAUUUUUGGUGCAAUUCAUUCUCUUUUCGCAGCAAAAGUAAAAGAUGAAUGCCAGAGUCCGCGGCAGCAUUCAAACCGUCAAAGCUCUUAAUCAUGACAAGAAGGUGAAGAAAUUAGAGAGCGGAAGGAGCAAGACGAUGGGGAAUGACAAACCUGGGACUAUCGUAAAUCGGCGCAAAUUAAACAGAGAAAGAAAAAUAGCAUUGUUGCAAGAUGUUGAUAAGCUGAAGAAGAAGCUCAGACAUGAAGAAAACGUUCACAAGGCAUUAGAAAGAGCUUUUACUCGACCCUUAGGAGCUCUCCCCCGUCUUCCUCCAUAUCUUCCUCCUUAUAUACUAGAACUUCUUGCUGAAGUAGCUGUUUUGGAGGAAGAGGUUGUUAGGUUAGAAGAACAGGUUGUGAAUUUUAGACAAGGAUUAUAUCAGGAAGCUGUGUUUGUUUCAUCCUCCUCUAGGAAUUCUGAUAUUUCCACAGACACAAUGGAACCUAUCUCGACAAGAAUCGCGAAGCAUCGUAGAACGAAGUCGUAUUGCCAAAAUGAGUUCAAUUCUGCAAACUCAAUAGCCAGGCUGCAGCCUUCACUGGCCAGAUGUUCUUCGAGUCGAAAGUUAUUGUCGAACGACACUUUCUUUGAUCGUAAUGAAGAUGGACUGGGAAAAGAGAAUCAAUCAUAUGCAAAUACUGUGAAAAAUAAGCCUUCUCCUGAAAAGAAAGUUGACAGAAUUAUAACCCCAUUGAAGAAGUCUCCUCUAAAACAAGAAUUUUUGGAGAAGAACUCAAGUCCUAUGAAGUCUCAGCUGGAGUUUCGAUUGGAACGAGAAAGAGCAAAGGACAGUUCUUGUAGUUUAUCUGAUGAUACAGAGGCUAGUAGCUCACCAAACAAAAUUUCUGAAGACAUCGUGAAGUGUUUAUCAUCCAUUUUCAUAAGACUGAGUUCAUCAAAAGACAAAGCUACGGACUCAUCAGAUACAUCAAAUGGGUCAGCAGAAUUGCAAGAUCCUUACGAUGCUUGUUCAGAUUUCAAACCUAGGAACAUCGGUGCCUAUAGACAUCUCUGUGCAAUUGAAGCUAGUUCUGUAGAUCUCGAUCGAUCAACUAAUGCAGUUUUUCUAAUUCAUAGACUAAAAAACUUGUUCCGGAGACUGGCCUCGGUGAAUUUGGCAGGUCUUAACCAUCAGGAGAAGCUAGCUUUCUGGAUCAACACCUACAAUUCCUGCAUGAUGAACGCAUUUUUAGAGCAGGGGAUACCUGAGACUCAUGAAAGAGUUGUAACAUUGAUGCAAAAGGCAACAAUUGUUGUGGGAGGACACCUUCUAAAUGCAAUAACAAUUGAGCAUUUCAUCUUGAGACUUCCUUAUCAUCUGAAGUUCACCUGCCCAAAAGCAGUGAAGAACGAUGAGAUGAGAGCACGCAGUGUGUUUGGAUUGGAAUAUUCCGAACCCUUGAUUACGUUUGCACUAUGUUGUGGAAGCUGGUCGUCUCCCGCCGUGAGAGUGUAUUCAGGAUGUAAUGUUGAAGAGGAGUUAGAAGUAGCCAAGAGGGAAUAUUUACAGGCAGCAGUUGGGAUUUCAAAGACGAACAACAAGUUGAUGAUUCCAAAGGUUUUGGAUUGGUAUUUACUUGACUUUGCAAAGGAUUUGGAAUCAAUGUUGGAUUGGAUUUGCUUACAACUUCCAAAUGAGCUGAGAAUUGAAGCAAUUAAAUGCCUUGAGAGAAAAGGAAGAGAGCCUCUCUCACAACUAGUGCAAGUAAUGCCAUAUAAUUUCAGCUUCAGAAUGCUCUUACACAGAUGAAUUGAUUAACUUUUUCAUCUUAUUUAUUUAUUAAUUUAUUUAUUCAUUUGGUUUGUGUU